CUUACAGCCUCACCAGUUGCAUUCCAACAUGGCGUCUUCAAGAAUGUGUGAAUAACUGUUCGCAAUGAGAAUGCACUCUGCACUGUUUCCCCUUUAAUAUCAUUCACCUCUUGAGAUUUCCCGGUAGAUAGCUGAAAUUGCCAAGUUCCACAGACGAUACCCAAUUUUCAGUGAACAGAGUGCGUCAGUUCUUGUGGUGUGGGUUUUUUCGAAUUUCCUCAGUUAAAUUUAACUUUUCGUGGGAAAAUGAGUGGUGUUUUCGUACGAGAUGUCCCAUAGAGAUUUUACUGAGGUGGAACCAGAAGGCACAACUCAACUAUCCGCCGCAAACCGCACUCUAUUUCUCGAAAAAGUCCGACAGUCAAAUGCAGCCUGUCAAAAUGGGGACUUUUCAACAGCCGUUGCUCUGUAUACAGAUGCCUUACAGUUGGACCCAACGAAUCACAUCCUCUACUCCAAUCGAUCUGCAGCCAGAUUGAAGAUGGGCCUGUUCGCACAAGCUCUGCAGGAUGCAAUCGCCGCCAGAGACCUUUGUCCUACCUGGCCGAAAGCCUACUACAGACAAGGUGUCGCCUUGCAGUGCAUGGGAAGGCAUGGCGAAGCCUUGGCAACUUUCAGUCAAGGUCUGGGCCAAGAUCCAACCUCCCAACAAUUAUUAGGUGGUCUGAUCGAGGCCUCAAUCAAAUCCCCACUAAGACAUACAUUAGAGCCCACCUUUCAGCAGUUGGAGGUUAUGAAACUAGAUCGCAGUCCUUUCGUCUUGAUAUCAGUGGUAGGACAAGAACUGUUAGGUCAUGGCUUAUACAAUUCCGCCGUUACGGUUCUUGAAUCGGCUUUGAGAAUCGGUUCUUGUUCUUUGAAGCUGAGAGGAUCAGUAUUCAGCGCACUGAGUUCGGCUCAUUGGGCCUUGAACCAACUGGAUAAGGCUAUAGGGUAUAUGCAACAAGAUUUGGCUAUUGCAAAAAGUUUGGGCGACACCUCCGGUGAAUGUCGUGCUCAUGGUAAUUUGGGUUCAGCCUAUUUCAGCCAAGGUUCUUACAAAGAAGCUUUAACAGCUCAUCGUUAUCAGCUUGUCCUCGCUAUGAAGUGUAAGGACACCCAAGCAGCUGCUUCAGCAUUAACUUCAUUAGGACAUGUCUAUACUGCAAUCGGGGAUUACCCAAAUGCUUUAGCUUCUCAUAAGCAAUGCGUCCAAUUAGUCAAACAGAUGGGUGAUAAGUUACAGGAAGCUAGGGAGAUUGGAAACGUGGGUGCCGUUUAUUUGGCAAUGGGUGACUUCGACUCUGCUGUAGAUUGUCAUACGCAACAUCUAAAGAUAGCCAAAAGGCUAGGGAAUCAGGUCGAAGAAGCCAGAGCAUAUAGCAACUUAGGAUCAAGUCACCAUUACAAAAGAAACUUUUCACAGGCCAUAGUUUAUCACGAAAAAGUAUUGAGAUUAGCCCAAGCUAUUGGUGAUAAAUCUGUGGAGUCCAGAGCCUAUGCAGGCUUGGGUCAUGCUUCAAGAUGCGCUGGAGAUUUCGUACAAGCCAAACAAUGGCAUGAAAGACAAUUGGAUGUUGCUCUUUCUACAAGGGAUAAAGUCGGAGAAGGAAGAGCAUGUUCAAAUUUAGGAAUAGUGUAUCAGUUAUUAGGGGAAUAUGAUUCCGCACUGAAACUCCAUCAAGCUCAUUUAAACAUAGCAAGGAGUCUACAGGAUAGAGCUGGUAUGGGUAGGGCUUAUGGUAACAUUGGAAACGCCUAUUCUGCUGCUGGAUUCUAUGAAUCUGCCAUAAAAUACCACAAGCAAGAAUUAACCAUCAGCAAGGAGGUUCAUGAUCGAAGUUCAGAAGCUAGUACACAUGGAAACUUAGCAGUUGCUUACCAAGCUUUAGGUGCUCAUGACAUGGCAUUGUUGCAUUAUAGAGCCCACUUAGGUAUAGCUAGGGAAUUGAAAGACGCAGCAGGAGAAGCUUGCGCUUUGCUUAACUUGGCCAACUGUUUGAGUUCACGUUCAGAGUUUUCGGAAGCCAUCCCUUACUACGAGCAGUACUUGAUGUUAUCGCAGGAGUUAGCUGAUGUCGAAGGAGAAGCCAAAGCUUGUCACUUUUUAGGUUACGCACAUUAUUGUAUAGGAAAUUAUAGAGAAGCUGUAAGGUACUACGAUCAGGACCUGGCUUUAGCCAAAGAUUUACAAGACAAAAUGAAUAUGGGUAGAGCAUACUGUAACUUGGGUCUUGCUCACCUGGCUCUAGGCCAAUUAGAUACAGCACUGGAAUGCCAAAAAUACUUUUUAGCGAUAGCACAUAUGACUAAUAACUCUUCAGGGAAAUUCAGGGCUCUUGGUAACAUUGGUGACGUUUUAAUCAAGAUGAACGAAUUGGAAGAAGCGAUCAAGAUGUAUCACCGACAGUUGUCUCUGGCGCGUACUGUAAGAGAUAGAGAACUGGAAGCUGGUGCAUUUGGUGCUUUAGGAAUGGCUCAUAGAAUGAUUAAGAGGUUUGAUAAGGCCCUAGGUUAUCACACACAAGAACUGACCCUAAGACAAGAAAUAUCAGAUCUGCAAGGGGAAUGCAGAACGCACGGGCACCUGGGGUCGGUACAUAUGGCUCUGGGAAAUUACAACCACGCUAUUAAAUGCUAUCAACAACAACUCCAAAGAUCUCAAGAACAACAAGACUGUGCUUUAGAAGCCCAAGCUUACGGAAACUUGGGAAUCACAAGGCUUAAUAUGGGACAUUACGAAGAUGCCAUAGGAUAUCUUGAACAACAAUUGGCUACUUUAGAAAGACUGAGCACUCCUACAGCUCAAUUGGAUAAAGGUAGAGCCUUUGGUAGUUUAGGAGAUUGUUACGAAGCUUUAGGUGAUCCGGAAGAGGCAUCCAAAUGCCAUGAACAAUAUUUGGCCAUAGCUUUGAAGUUAACCAGCGCCAAAGACCAAGAAAGAGCAUACAGAGGGCUAGGCCAAUCUCAAAAAUCCCUUGGCAACCUACAACAAGCCUUAGUGUGUUUGGAGAAGAGGUUAGUUGUAGCCCAUGAAUUGGAAGUUCCAGAAGCCAAAGCCGCUGCUUACGGCGAACUUGGACAACUGCAUGCCACCCUUGGAAACUUGGAACAGGCAGUCUCUUGUCUUGAUCAUCAAAAAAACAUCGCUAGGGAAUUGAACGACAAAAUCAUGGAAGCAGAUUCAAUUUCUGGCUUAGGCUACGUUUACCAGCAGAUGGGGGAGUAUUUAUCUGCCCUCAGAUAUCACCAAAACGAUCUGGAGAUUGCGGAACAAUUGGAGAUUGCUUCGAUGCAAUGUAGAGCUUGUGGAAAUAUAGGAGCUGUAUAUGAGAGCAUGGGAAAUUUAGAACAAGCUGUUCAGUAUCAAGAACAACACCUACAGAUUGCUGCUAGUACAAAUGACCAACUAGCGAAAACCCUUGCUUACAGUUCUUUAGGAAGAGUUCACCAGUUACUAGGCAAUCGCAGUCAGGCUGUAGCCUACCUUUCACAAGGUCUCUGUAUAGCUGAAGCCUUAGGGAGGAGGGAUGAAGAGGCGAAAAUAAGACACAGACUAGGUUUAGCUUUGUGGGCUAAUGAUGAUCUUGAAGGUGCUCAAAAACAACUAGAAGCAACAACACACUUACUGGAAAAUAUAAGAAGAGAAUCGAAAAUCGUAAAAGAUUAUAAGUUAUCAUUGUUCGAGUUGCAAUCCUCCAGUUACCAAGUUCUAGAAAGAGUGCUAAUAGAAUUGAAACGAGAAGAAGAGGCUCUAGUGGUAGCUGAGAGAGGUAGAAACAGAGCUUUUGUGGAUCUCUUGUUAGAGAGACAGGGACUUUCUGAUUCCAGAAAUAAACUGAAGAAUGGAAGAAUGGAUGAAUAUGUAAACUCCAUAGAGCACAUCCAAGAUAUUGUUAAUCGACAGAAAGCUUCGGUACUCUAUUACAGUUUAGCGGCUGGUUAUUUAUAUGCUUGGCUGAUUGUACCUAAUAAAGGUAUCGUCAAAUUCCAUUCCUCAUCUCUUCUGGAAUCUGGUGAAGACUUGGUUAAAAAUUCGGAUCCGAUUCCAACUGGUAGCGGUAGCUUAGAGAAACUGGUGUCUUCUGUUCGCGAUAGCUUAGGUGUUGAAAUGUCACCAUGCACCACAAUAGCGGAAGAUCAGUAUAAUGAUGAUACCUUAUCUGAAAGAACUGGUUUUUUAAGGAUGGUUAACAGACAACACCUGAUGAAUUCCAGUAAUUAUUCCUUGAGUUCUUUGUUCUCUUUGGGCAGCGUCGGUGGAUCAGUUGCUUCUCUUCAAGGUUCCACUAGGUCUUCAGCUAGCACUCAAGGGUCUACCAGAGUAAAUAGAAGGCAAAGUUGGAAAGGUCCUUCUUGUCUUCACGCUCUCUAUCAGUUAUUGAUUCAGCCAUUCGAGGAGUUCUUGCCAAACAAAUCUAUAGUAGGCAAAGAUGACACGAAUCGAAGAGAGUUAAUACUAGUCCUUGAGGGAGACUUAUAUCUAGUACCAUUCCCUGUACUCCGAUCAGCAUCUGACAACUCAGAGUACCUAUGUGAAAGGUUUUCUCUUUUGAUUUUACCCAACCUUACAACACUCAGAUCAACCAGAUUGAAGAAGAGAGAUCCAGAACAGAAUGUUAGAAGUCUUAUUGUGGGUAACCCCAAAUUACCAUCAUGCAUAGUGAACCAUUAUGGGUGGAAAGAUAUACCUCAGUCCGAACAAGAAGCAACUAUGGUUGCUGAACUACUACAGAGUCAGGUUCUAUUAGGAAGCAUGGCUACAAAAGAACAAGUUUUGAGCCAAAUGGAAGAGGCUGAAUGUAUGCAUUUUUCCACUCAUGUAUCCUGGAAAUUGUCAUCUUUAGUUUUGUGCCCGGGAGAGGUAUUAGACCAAACCCAAUCCAAGAGAAUGUACAUAUCAGAUAAUGCAGAAGAUGAAGAAGGUAGUGAACUAUCAACAAGUGCAGAAAUACCGCCCUUAUCCGAAUUCUUAUUGAGUGCAGCGGAUAUUUUAUCACUAAAACUAUCGGCAAAGCUGGUCGUGGUCAGCUCAUCGCACACUAGAGACCAACAGGGAUGGGCAACUUCUGAUGGACUGGUAGCACUAGUUAGAGCUUUUCUAGCAGCUGGUGCUCAUGCAGUUCUUGUAUCCUUAUGGCCUGUACCAGAUACUGCUACCAAGAUACUUCUAAGGGCGUUCUACUCGGCCCUUCUUCAAGGUACAAGAGCUUCUAAAGCCUUGGCGGAAGCUAUGCAAACUGUACAGCAUACAAAACACUUCGCGCAUCCAGCAAACUGGGCUGGAUUCUUUUUGGUUGGCGCUAAUGUUAGACUAUCUAAUAAGGUUGCUUUGAUGGGGCAAGCUCUCUGUGAAUUACUUCAAGUUCCUGAUAAAUGUAGAGACGCUUUGAGAGUAUCUCUACAUUUAGUAGAGAAAAGUCUCCAGAGGAUACACCGUGGACAGAAAAACGCAAUGUAUACUACCCAAAAAUCCAUUGAAAAUAAGGUUGGGCUAAUAAACGGAUGGAAAGAAUUAUUGAUGUCUGUUGGCUUUCGUUUUGAACCCGCUUCUAAUGGCAUACCUAGUAGCGUUUUCUUUCCUCAGUCCGACCCAGACGAACGAUUAACCCAGUGUUCUGCCAGUCUUCAGGCUCUUUUAGCCUUGAGUAGUACCUCUAUACAAGCCCUCUCCAAACUUACAGCCACAUCUGAUGUAUCAGAUGACAUAAUUGCAGUUAUACAAUCUGCUCUUUCCCAAUUCACCUCCAAAGGUAUGGAACACGAGUCUGUAGAAGUUGCUCUCAACGUCAGAUUGUGGAGAGUGCCCGGUUGUCAUGAACUUCUCGCAUCUCUUGGCUUCGACCUAUGUGACGUUGGACAAGACAAAGUUACCCUAAGAACUGGAAAACAAUCUAACAGAAGGAAUAUACAGUUUACACAUCAGGCUCUGCUUGCCUUGUUCGAUACACAAGAAGCUCCCAAGAGUUUAACUAUCGAUUCUUCAAGUAGCUUAGAAUCCUUAGCUUCAGUGGACAACGACUUCUCCCACUCAGACAAUGAGAUGAAUAUAUGCUCCGCUUCCACCUCUCCUACCAAGAAAUCGUCCAGAAUUCCACCUCUCAUAUCCAGAUCAUUGUUAUCCAAUAAGCGACUUGGAGGAGCAUUCACUAGUUAUGUUAGAAGAAGAGGUGAACCAGACGGUAAAACAUCAACAAACGAGAGCACCAAGACAUCCACAGGUGAACCUAAACCAAAGAAAAGUAACGUUCUGGCCAGGCCAGGGGGUAACGUAUCGGAUCAAGCCUUCACACCAAGUCCCCCGGUAGUACUACAAUCGGAAAACACCGCGAUGGCUAUGUCUUUGGCUCACCAGAGUAGGAUAAGAAAUCUAUACUCGCAGAACGACGCCAAAGCAGAGCACAGACCGGAUAGUUCUAGCAGUGCUAGUUCAAUCACCGACUGGGAUAGUGGCCUCAAUACGGUGCUGCGACGUCAGAAUCAGACCCACAAUCAACCAAAUGUGCCUCAGAUGAAUGCUACAAGGACCAAGCCUCUCGUGGACUUGGCAAUGUUUGCCAACCUAGGCUUCGAGAACAGCUCUGAUAGUGAGUUAGAAAAAAUGGAGGCCAAAUUGUUCAAUACUAGAAGCAAAAUGGCCUACAAGAAAUGCAGAAACAUCAUAUCAACGUUGGAUAGAUUGAGGUGUCGAUCCGAAUUGAGUUCAGGGCAAACUGCUAUGUCUCAAAAUCCCAGGAAGAACAUCACGCUGCCGAGCGAAGAGACACUUCCUAGUAAUGAGAGACUGUUGUAUUUCGCUCCUAACGAUAAGGAUAUUGCUAUUAAGGUCCACAAAAAAGCGGAGGACGAACUCAUCCAGGAAUUCCCAAAAAAAAACGAAUCCAGGCCAAACUCCACAAGUAUUCACGAUACUAUAUUGGCGACGCAACUAAGACACAUUAACAGGGAGCUGACACCUACCAUUUCUGAAGUGUACCACGAAAGAAACAUAGGAUUGGGACUGGCCCCUCCUCUAGCCAAACUGCUGCUGAAUCCCUCAGCCAACACAUCCAAAGAUGUAAAUGACUCUGCUCUGGAUAAGAUCACACUUGGCAUCUUAGAGACUAGUUUGGAGGAUUCGUCCAAAGGUGUAUCUUGCGGUAGAUGUAAAAUGGAUAACUGCUGCUGUAGUAAAGGAAUCGGGAAACCUUGGUUGACUGAUGGCGCUAGUGCUCUGCAGCAGAUUAAGAGUUCUGACUUGACAACGGCGGAUAUUUUAGAAAGGGAAGUUAUGAACAAAAAAGGGCUCAGAACCGACCUGAAACAAAAAGAAGACAACGAAGCCAAAAUACCAGCAGUAUUCACAGAAAUCGCUAGGAGGGAUGAAGGAGAUGGAAGAAGCAUUGCAGAUUCCAAUUGUUCUAGUUACAAAAAUACCAAGUUCAGUACUUAUCAUUGUGCGGAUAAAAGCAAACCUGUUGCAAAAAUGAGAACACUGCAUCCACCAAUCCCUUUACAGAGGAAAAGUAAACAAACGUAAUUGGUCACCGAAUGGUUAUCAAUCAUAUCAGAUUUUUGUUAUCUUUCUUGUACAUAGUAUAUAUUUCAUUGAAAAAAUUGUCCUUCAAUUGGAAUGAAUUAUGCAAUUGAAGAAGUUUUUGAUGAAAUUCAAAUGUUGGCUGUCAUAUUCUCUCGAUGUUAGAUUAUAUAUUUGUCAGAGGCCAGAGCUUUAUUGCUUUGGAAGAAAUGUGAUUAAUAAUUUAAUAAUAAAAGUGUAUAAUAAUA